GCCGCCGCAGGAGCCGCGCGCGCCGCCGCUCAGUGUUUUGUGAGUCCGGACGGAGCGGAGCAGGGUGCGCGCGUGGAGCAACUCGGCGACAGUGCUGCUGCCCUCCGCCGACCGACGCCUCAGCCGAGCGACGAUGCGGUUGACGCUGUGUUCGGCGUUGCUGGCCGCGCUGCUGGCCGGCGGCGGCGGCUUCCAGAUGGGCGCUCCGGAGACGGCCUGCGACGACAUGACCCCGGGUCACGGCUAUCCGGCUCAGGCGAGCGCCAUGCCGUACGGCCUGGACGUCACCAACACGACCUUGCGCCAGGGCGACCGACUGAUGGUGACAAUCAGCCGGGGUCAGCAGCCGCCGUUCAAGGGCUUCUUCGCGCAGGCGCGCCUGGUGCGCGACCCGAGCCUGCCGCCGGUGGGCCGCUUCUACACCAAGCAGCACGCGACGGUGUCGUGUGGGGCCGCGCAGGCUAACAGCAUCACGCACGCUGACAGCAAGGAGAAGGAGGCGGUGACGUUGCUCUGGGAGUCUCCGGCCUCGCUGGACGAGGAGGUGGCCUUCCGCGUGACGGUCGUGCAGAACUACCGCACGUUCUGGGUGAACCACGACUCUGCGCGCGUGCGCGUCAGCGAGUCUGGUCAGGAGCCGCCGGCGCCGGCCGACGCCGUGACGCCGUCCGCCGCCGCGCCCACCGCCGCCGCGCCGCCUCCCACCAAGGAGGAGCCCAUCGAUGAUAUGACGCACAUGCUGGUACCGCGCCGCCCGAAGCCGAACCGGAGCUCACCGUCACCGCGAACCACCGAGCCCACCUGCACAGAGAACUGCGAGCCGUCGACCACGACCGCCUCACUGGCCGGGGGAAACGCGCUCGAAACCGUGUACGACGCGUGCCUGCUGAGCAAGGGCUGCUUCGCCCUGUCGGACGGCUGCCUGCAGGGUCGCAACUGCGACCUCAUGGUCACCCACAGCCGGCUGAGCAGCGGCGCCUACCGGUUCCAGCUGUACGGCCGCUUCCAGCCCGGCAACUACCUGGGGCUCGGCCUCUCGCGGGACAAGAUCAUGGGCAGCGACGCUGUGGUCUAUUGCGCCACCCGAGAUGAUGGCGGUUUCCAGGUUUUACACGCGUAUAACCUGGGCAAACAGGCGUUUCCAAUGCAAGCGACGUCCAGGGAGGGGCCUCUGGUCAGCGACUUCUCCAGCGAGUACCGGGACGGUCUCCUGCUUUGCGAGUUCACGCACUCGCCUCGGUUUACCGUCCGGGGCGAAGACUUCGACCUGGUCUCCGAUGACCUGCACCUCAUGAUGGUCAGCGGCACGGCAUCAGCGGACUCGGAGCGGCGGCCGCAGUACCACCGCGACUCGCGCCGCGUCAGCGCCGCGCCCGUCCGCCUGGCCUCGGCCGGCGCCGCGGCCGGCGACUCGGGCCUGCUGUUCCGCGUGCAUGGCGCCCUCAUGGUCAUCGCCUGGCUGGGCACGGCCAGCGUCGGCAUGCUGCUGGCGCGCUACUACAAGCAGACGUGGGUGGGCCGGAAGCUGGCCGGGCUGGACCUCUGGUUCCAGGGUCAUCGGACGCUGAUGGUCAUCACCGUGCUGCUCUCGCUGGCCGGCCUCGUGUGCGUGUUCAUACAGGUCGGCGGCUGGACCGCCACGCCCAUGUUCGGCGCCGAGGGGGCCAACCCGCACCCGCUGCUCGGUAUCAUCUGUGUCGCGCUGGCCGUCCUGCAGCCGCUGAUGGCCCUCUGCCGCUGCCACCCGACGGCCUCGCGCCGGCCCAUCUUCAACUGGCUGCACUGGAUGGUCGGCUCGGCCGCGCACAACCUCGGCAUCGUCACCAUCUUCUUCGCUGUGAAGUUGCCGGCCGCCCAGCUGCCCUUCUGGACCUACUGGGUGCUGGUCAUCUUCGUCGUGCUCCACGUCCUGACGCACUUGGCGAUGUCGGCGCAGCACUGCGUCGCCGACCGGGCGGCACGUGGCCACAAGACCACCUCGGAAGCCUACCGCAUGCGAGACAUGGCGACGAACGGCUACAGCGGCCAGCAGGCCGCCGCCCAGGACGACGCGCCGGGCGGUGGGUUCCGGCGCGCUCUGCUCGGGCUCUACAUCUUCGAGAACCUGGUGCUGGUGACGCUGCUGGUCGUGAUGAUAGUGCUGGCGCCGGCCGACUCCUGGGGGAGCUCGUAGGUCCGCACCGGGGGGCGGUUCUAAGGCCGCCACUGGCGCCGGCCGACUCCUGGGGGAGCUCGUAGGUCCGCACCGGUAGGCGGUUCUAGGGCCGCUGCUGGCGCGAGCCGGCUUCUGGGGGAGCUCGUAGGCCCGCACCGGUAGGCGGUUCUAGGGCCGCUGCUGGCGCGAGCCGGCUUCUGGGGGAGCUCGUAGGCCCGCACCGGUAGGCGGUUCUAGGGCCGCUGCUGGGGCGGCAGACUACUCGAGACGCCGCUGAGAGUAGUGCGCCGCGGUUGCAGUACAGGAGUCGCCAUCGCCGCCACCGGCCGGUGCGCUGUGGGACCAUGUGGGUAACCGCCGUCAGCGCCUGGCCCCAGACGGACCGUCUCCGCCGCCAGCGCCAGAGGGCAGCGCUGCGGAGUCUGUCCCGUGCUGUCGUUGGGCGAUUGGUGGAGACUGCAACGCGUUGCCCGACUGACGUGAUCAGAGAGCCCGCUAGUGGCGGCGGCAGUGCGCCGCUCAGAGCGCGCGCUCCCAAUCGCGUGAGCUCGCCGGCCACAAGAGCCAAGCGUCUUUCGUUGAGCAGUGACGCAUCAAGGGUACUUAUUCGGCGUCGCCAAUGUUCUCUCUCUCUGUGUUCGUGUUGCGGCAACGGCGCGGCCUGACCCGGUCGAGCCAGCAGCGGCUGCUUGCGGAUGUUUGCGAGUGUUGUGCUCUUUUAAGGGGCAUGCGUGCAGAGGUCUGAUUCGCGUGAGAGUGGAGUGACCCGAGUUUUUGCUGGGGUUUUAUGCGGUCCUCGGGGACCUGUGUUUACUGUUGCUGAGUGCCCGACUGUUACCGAGUGUAGCCUGGCAGAGGCAUUUGGGUCCACGCACGGCAGAAUACAACCAAGUGAGCUUUG